AAACGGUUCUCCUUGCCAUAUGAUUGAUUGAUUGUUCUGAGUGAGAUUUAUAAGUGGGUCGCUGAUUUUAUGAUACUUGUCAAUAUUGUGAAGAAACGUGACAUGACUCGCGGUGAUCUGACUUUGACAAUUUUCCACAAAUUCGUUAUACUGAAGCCGGAAAAAGCUGUAAUCGCGAAACAAAUCUCAGACGGAAUGCCAAAGGAGGUACCGACCUUUGCAGACGAUGAGCGUGUUCUUUGCUAUCAUGGUCCAAUGCUGUAUGAAGCCAAGGUAUUGAAAAGCGCUAAUGUGGACGAAGAGGGAAGACAUGGACCGCAUUAUUUCGUCCAUUAUAGAAGAUGGAAGCAGACCUGGGAUGAGUGGGUGCCUGAAGAUCGCGUAUUGAAGUGGACGGAGACGAAUCUGCAGAAACAGACACAGUUGAAAGAGGCACAUAACAGAAAGAAGCCAGCACGGUCAUCAACUUCAACAUCCAUUACAACAGAAAAGUCGCAUGACGGCGAAUCGCGAGGUAGAAAGCGAGCCAGGGACUCGAGUCUUGACAAGGCGAAGGAGGAGGAAUUGAUGAACAAGGUAGAAGUCAAGUUGGAUAUUCCGGAGCAGCUCAAAGGUUUCUUGGUGGAUGAUUGGGAGAAUGUUACAAAAACCCAAAAGCUCAUACCCCUUCCACGAAAACCUAAUGUAUCGGACAUCUUGGAAGACUACUUGGAUCAUGCUAUGAAAGCUAGCAAGCGUAAUGGAGCGACCGAUGAGCUGUUAACUGAAGUGGUUCGUGGUAUCAAGCUGUACUUCAACAAAACAUUAGAAGAUUCCCUUCUUUAUCGAUCUGAACGAAAGCAACAUGCAGAUAUCAUGGCGAAAAAUGAUUCUGCUUUACCUUCAGACAUUUAUGGCGUAGAGCACUUCUUGCGAUUAUUCGUGCAAAUGCCUCGCUUAAUUGCUAACAGCAACGUAGAUCCUGAUUCUGCUCUUAUGCUGAGAGACUAUCUUCUUGAUGUGUUAAGCUUCAUACAACAAGAACAGAACCGACUGUUCACCGUGUAGAUUCAACACACAUGUACAUAUUUGACGUUUGGUUUACUGUAUUGUGCGUACUGUAAUUUUGUUUUCAAAAAGCCUUGUAAUAAAGAGUGCUGGAGCGAUAGCACGAAAAUAAUUGAGACUCUCC